CGCUCUUUCGGUACUUUGAUUGUUCCAUGGCCAUUGCCUCUAUAUAUCAUUAAACAAAUAAAAUACUUAUUUUCACGUCUCUAGAGACUAGAAUUAUUUUAAGUUUCUUAUCAACCCUUUUUUUUUACUAAUUUAUUUUAAUUUAUUGGCUGCAACGGGUUCCUUCGUGGAGUGGAUCGAGAACUCGUGUUUCGGAGGUUAUCUCGAUUCGAAAAUCAGAUUUUGAAGUAUGUUUUCCGGUUUUUUCUCUGAGAUUUUUGUCAAAUUCGAAUAAUUUCCGGUUCUCUACGCGACUGUCAGAUUCAGUAGUAGCUCAGGAAGAUCCGUCUCCAGUUCCAUUUCCAUCUGGUGAAAAGGGUUUCAGAAGGAUCUGCAAUGGGUUUCCCAGCGAUAUUCUGCCGUCUUUUCGACUUUUCUGGGAAAAGUUUGUAGCUUUCUAGGAAAAUGGCGAGGCUUCGAAGAAUUCGGUUGCUCUCUGGCAGUCUCUGAUUACCAGCCGGUCGUGGUGAAAUUUCGAUCAGUGGAUCAGUUUGCUGGGGAUUCUGCCAUCUGGGUUUGCUUCUGCUCGUCUGUUUCAGUAAUGGGUUGUGCCUAUUCGAGAACUUGCAUUGGUCAGAUUUGCGCAACGAAAGAGGAUAGCAUCAGGGAACCACAGCAGCGGCAGAAUCCGGCGGGAGGCGGAGACCCCUCGGCGGCGGAGAUUCCGGUGUUCAACUUUCCUUCCGAUGUGCCGGAGGCCGAAAUCGGAGACGAAAUUCAUCAGCUGAGCUUGAGCAGGGACCAGGAAUGGGGAAUCACCAGGCUUUCCAGGGUUUCAGCUCAGUUUCUACCGCCGGAUGGAUCAAGGAUUGUGAAGGUACCGUCUUGUAACUAUGAACUGAGAUACUCGUUCUUGUCUCAAAGAGGGUAUUAUCCUGAUGCUCUGGAUAAGGCCAAUCAGGAUAGUUUUGCGAUCCACACUCCCUUUGGGACCAGCCCAGAUGAUCAUUUUUUCGGGGUGUUCGAUGGGCAUGGCGAGAAUGGUGCUCAGUGCUCGCAGUUUGCGAAACGUAAGUUGUGUGAGAAUCUUCUUAGGCACGGUAGGUAUCAUGUAGAUGCUGCAGAGGCUUGUUAUUCUGCAUUUCUGGCCACGAAUUCUCAGUUACAUGCUGAUAUUCUAGACGACAGUAUGAGUGGGACGACGGCCAUUACUGUUUUGGUUAGAGGUAGAACAUUAUUCGUGGCGAAUACGGGUGAUUCAAGGGCUGUUUUAGCCGAGAAAAGAGGAGGGGAUACCGUAGCUGUAGACUUGUCUAUUGAUCAGACACCGUACCGGUCCGAUGAGCUUGAAAGAGUUAAGCUUUGUGGAGCUAGGGUUCUUACACUGGACCAGAUUGAGGGUCUGAAAAAUCCUGAUGUCCAGUGCUGGGGAACUGAGGAAGGUGACGAUGGUGACCCUCCAAGACUGUGGGUGCCCAAUGGAAUGUACCCAGGAACAGCUUUUACAAGGAGUAUCGGCGAUUCUAUUGCAGAAUCAAUCGGUGUUGUGGCUAAUCCUGAGAUUGCUGUUGUCGAGCUUUCACCUGACAAUCCUUUCUUUGUGCUUGCCAGUGAUGGAGUAUUCGAGUUUCUCUCUAGUCAGACUGUCGUUGACAUGGUUGCAAAACAUAAGGAUCCUCGUGAUGCUUGUGCUGCAAUUGUUGCUGAAUCGUACAGGUUGUGGCUGCAGUAUGAAACUCGUACAGAUGAUAUAACUGUGAUAGUUGUGCACAUUGACGGGUUAACAGAUAGUUCUCCGACUCAGUUUUCGAGUACAGGAACUGUGCUUCGACCUCCUAUUCCACAAAUUGUAGAGUUGACGGGUUCAGAAUCUCCUUCAACCUUCAGCUGGAACUCUAGGAACCAACGUGUGAGGAAUGAUCUAUCUCGGGCUAGAAUCCGUGCCAUUGAGAGUUCUUUAGAGAACGGAAAUGUUUGGGUUCCUCCAUCUCCGGCUCAUAGGAAAACUUGGGAGGAAGAAGCACACAUUGAGAAAGUACUCCAUGACCAUUUCCUCUUCAGGAAACUCACUGACUCCCAAUGCCAGGUUUUGUUGGAUUGCAUGCAGAGAAUUGAAGUUCAGCCAGGGGACAUUGUUGUUAAACAGGGUGGUGAAGGAGAUUGCUUCUAUGUUGUCGGUAGUGGAGAAUUUGAGGUCUUGGCAACUCAGGAAGAAAAGAAUGGAGAGGUGACCAGGGUUUUGCAACGGUAUACGGCUGAGAAGCUAUCGUCCUUUGGUGAACUUGCCUUGAUGCAUAACAAGCCACUUCAGGCUUCUGUCCGAGCAGUCACACAUGGGAACUUGUGGGCUUUGAAACGAGAAGAUUUCCGGGGAAUUCUAAUGUCUGAGUUUUCAAACUUGGCAUCCUUGAAGCUUCUUCGAUCUGUCGAUCUUCUUUCCCGUCUUACGAUUCUACAACUGAGCCAUGUUGCCGGGUCUCUUUCAGAAGUUUCCUUUUCAGACAGACAAACAAUUGUUGACAAGAGAGAAGGGCUUCAAGGGCUGUAUGUUAUUCAGAAGGGGAUUGUGAGAAUCACUUUCACUGCAGAUUUAUUGGAGAGUCCAAAUGUAUCGAGCCUUAAGACCGAUAUCCCGAAAGGGGAUGAGAAUUUGCAGACCGGAACAGAGAUCUCCAUAGAAAAGCGAGAAGGAAGCUCCUUUGGUGAAUGGGCUCUUCUCGGUGAGCUUAAAGGUUCUGUUACUGCAAUUGCAGUGGGUGAUGUUGUCUGUGUCGUUUUAACAAAGGAGAAGUUCGAUUCAGUCAUCGGGCCAUUGACAAAGCUUUCGGAGGAUGAUCACAAGUCGAGACAUUCUUCUUUUGAUCUCUCCAAGGAAUCUGGAAAAAGCAUUGAUUCUACAGCUCUUGCUAAAGUCGCCAUUGCAGACCUGGAAUGGAGAACAUGUUUGAGUUCAACAGACUGCAGCGAAAUCGGGCUCGUACAUUUGAAGGACAAAGAAAAUAUGCUCAGCUUGAAAAGAUUUUCGAAGCAGAAGGUGAAGAUGCUGGGAAAGGAGGCACAAGUGUUGGGAGAGAAGAAUCUGAUGAAGAACACGAUAAAGCCUUCGGCUUUUGUUCCAGAAGUUCUAUGCACUUGCGCUGACGAAACAUAUGCUGCCAUCUUACUGAACACUUGUCUUGCUUGCCCUCUAUCAUCUCUUCUUCAUUCCCCGCUCGAUGAGUCAUCUGCCCGUUUCAUUGCCUCCUCACUCGUGAUCACAUUUGACGAUAUUCACAAGAAUGGUGUUCUCUACAGAGGUACUUCUUCGGAUUUAUUGAUGUUGGAUCGAGCUGGGUAUCUUCAGCUUGUAGACUUCAGAUUUGCAAAGAAACUUUCUGGAGAAAGAACGUUCACAAUCUGUGGAAAUGCAGACUAUUUAGCCCCCGAGAUCGUCCAAGGCAAAGGCCACGGUGUAGCGGCUGACUGGUGGGCACUCGGAGUUUUGAUUUACUAUAUGCUACAAGGCGAAAUGCCAUUCGGGUCAUGGAGAGAAAACGAACUCGAUACCUUUCCCAAGAUCGCGAAAGGCCAACUAAAGUUUCCCCAAACUCUAAGCCCGGAAGUAGUUGAUCUCAUCACAAAGUUGCUCGAAGUUGAUGAAAGCUCGAGGCUUGGAAGCCAAGGAGGUUCAGAUUCAAUCAAGAAUCACCCUUGGUUCAAUGGUCUCGAGUGGGAAGCGAUCAGACAACGCGAAUUUUCAGUUCCUCGAGAGAUUGUCUCCCGCAUUCAACACCAUCUGGAGAAGAACCCUGUUCCUCUCGAGAUUUCCCAACCUCCAGACACAGGAGAAGACGAAAAUUCACAAGAUUGGUUCGAGGAGUGGUAAAAGUACUUAACGAUUUGAUGUUUCUUCAAAAGUAUUUCUCAGAAAGAUGAUUGUUUUAGCAGAUUCAGCAGAAGAAGAUGAUAUAGAAAAUUUAGGUCCUUUCUACGAUUGUUGUGUAAAUAGGUGUAUGUGAUGUAGUGAUGGCUGAAGAUUUCUAUCUGCAGUUUUGUAAUGUAAUGUAACUUCAGCUCUCUUCAUUUGUCAUUUUA